CUAGCUUUAUGUCCUUAUUUGGACCUUCUCAAUCAUAAUUCACCUUCACCAAAUACAGAAAAUCUAUUUAGUAGCCUACCUAAGCCACAAAUUCCUCAAGAGGGUGGUUAUGAACUCAUAAACCAAUCUGAUCAAGUUGUCGAGAAAGAUAGCGAGGUUUUCUUCAUGUAUGGACCACAUUCAGACUCAUCGUUGUUGGCUGAGUAUGGUUUUUGCCUAGGAUGGGAAAAGAAUGCGUUUACUGAGUGUAACAUUAGCGAAUUGAUCAUUUCAAUGGUAACGACGGAUUGGAGAAAGGAUGAGUUAGAAUCUAACGGACUAUGGGAUGAUUAUACACUCCACUUAUAUCCAUCACCAGCAUAUCCAUCACAAAGGACGCUAUCUGCUCUUCGGUUGAUUUGCUUGGAAGAAAAUCAAAUAGAAGAAUGGCGAAAGACGCUGAGAUAUGAGCAAGAAAGUGUUAGUGAAGAGAAUGAGGGGAAGAUGAGGGAAGAACUGGUUAAAGUAUGCGAGCUAGUCUCUAAAAGAUCGUCUGAAGCUAUCGAAAAGUCAGCAAAUGAGACGAUAAGGAUAAUAUGGGAAGCUGAAUUGGAGACAGCAAACCAAGUAAAACUAAGCACAUUAUCAAAUGUAAUAUUCUAA